UCUUUGCUCUCUCUUUCUCCAAUUUCUUUUCUCGACACGCUCUAUAUCAAGACUACUCCAUUUCAGAGACCAUCACACAAGAAGACUCAGCAUCAACCGCAGACAUGACCGACAAUCUCCGCCAAAGCGCCACCGACAAGGCCGGCUCCGCCCUCAAGCCCGACAGCGAGAAGUCGACCGUCGAGUUGGCGCAGGACAAGGCGAAGAGCGCAGCGGACAGCGUGGCCUCUACUUUGCAACCUGAGGGCGAGAAGUCGGCGACUCAGAAGGCCACUGACACCGUCUCCGGAAGCGGUUCCGAAGGCAACACCUACCUUGAGCAGGCGCAGGAGGCGCUGGGCAAUGCUGCUCAGCAGGCACAAGAGACGUUGGGCCACGUUGUCGAGCAGGCCAAGGAGGCGUUGGGAUAUGGCGAGCAGCCGCCGAGUACGUGAUCCCCCUUCUGCAUCCUGCCUCCAGUCUAUGAAGGAUGGGAGAAACGAGGAGAUGUGUGCUAAUGUGUGUGGGACUCGUAGAGUAGGGAGUGGAUGGAUGAAAGGAGACCGAUUGGUCUUGUGUGAUGGAGGAGUUGGUGGGGAUGGCUGUAGAGAAAUGCUGGAUCAUGUAAUGGGCAAUCUCAAGACACGCCUGCGCGUUCGUCCGACGUCGUUUGUCCAACUUCGUCCGAUGUCGUUUGUCCAGUUUCGUCCGAUAUCGUUCGUCCGCACGCUGUCCGAUAACUCCCGCGUGACAAGGUUACGAACGUUCGAUUCGUGGUUCAAUGGAACCUUUGGACCACGAUCUCGGAGUGGAAAACCGGCGCCGAAUGAUGAGUUAGGUAUAGGGUCGGGAAAUGCAGAAGCUCCGCUCCGACUCGGUCUCCCACGCGCGCGGAUGAC